AAACGUUUCGUCAUCCGCGCGUCAUCUCGAAAUCCAAACAACAAACACCAAAGCAAGCAAGCAACAAGCCAGCCAGUGAACCAACAACAGCGAUGAAGCAGUGGCGAGCGUGUGUUGUGGGAGGGUGUGGCUACCUUGGCCAGCGGUUGGUGGCACGGCUGGUGGCGCAGGGCCAUGGCGUGGUCGUUGCGGACAUUGCUGCGCCACCCGCGGAUGCCGACCCGGCCGUCACGUACGUCAAGACGGACAUCCGCAAGUAUGACGACGUCGCAGCCGCGUUUCAAGGCUGCGAUGUGGUGUUUCACACGGCAUCCAUCGUGGACAUGUCUCCUGCACCCACGGAUAUGGUGGCGGAGAUCAACGUUGACGGCACCACCAACAUCAUCAAGGCUGCACAGGCGUCACCCACCGUCCUUGCUCUCGUUUACACCUCAUCCAUGGACGUCUGUGUGACGGGAGAGCCCAUUCGCAACGGCAACGAAGACCUGCCAUACCCAACAACCUUCCUCAACGCGUACAUUGAGACCAAAGGAGAAGCAGAGCGCCGCGUGCUGCGCGCUGACGGCCAGGCCCUUCGCACGUGUGCGCUGCGGUCUGCGCACAUCUACGGGCCAGGUGAUAUGAUGAUCACAGAGAUCACGCACCGCGUGGCACGCGGGCAGGUGCCUGCACGCUUUGGCAGCGGCAUCAACGACUACAUCUUCGUGGAGAACUGCGUCACCGCCCAUAUCGACUGCAUGACCGCCCUCUGCGGCGGCGCCAUCAGCAACCAAGUUCGCGGGCGCCCGUUCUUCAUCAACGACUUCCAGGCACCCAUGUGGGAGCACAUGCAGCCGAUGCUGGAGACCGUGGGGCUGAAGCCACCGUCGCUUUCUGUUCCGUUUGCGCUUGUGUACUUCCUCGCGACAAUCAACGAAUUCCUCUGCCGCGUCUUCUACGCCAUCACGCACAUCUCUGUCCAUCCAAAUCUCACACGUUACAUCAUGGCCGCCGUCGCAAUCGACCUCUACUUCGACGCUUCCAGGGCUCGGCAAGUGUUCUGGCACACAGCGCCCAUCCCACGUAGCACGGCCAUGAAACUCACGUGCGAGUGGGCACGCACGCUGACAGACGCACCAUACAACACCGAGUAUGCUCGCCGCCCACAGCUGCAGCGAAUGCACGCCUUUCAUUUCUUCUACGGCGCCCUGCUCUCCCUCGUGGGCACGCUCGCCUUUCUUGACCCGCAGCGCUUCUCACACUACUUUGGGGUGCCGUGCUCAGCGCUACCCAGCAGCGGCGCAUUCAUUGCACAGACAGCCGGCCUCAUCAUCGCCGUUCUCGGAAGCUACAGCCUGUGCGCUGCUGUGCUGAAGUGGCCGAUGGUUUACUUCCAGGUCACAUGGGCGCCCAAGCUCGUGACAGCGUUCUUCUUUGCCGUGCUGGUGCUGCUUGGACGGCUGCCGGCGCCGUUUUGGCUGUUUGUGUUUGUGGAGACGUGGAUUGGGCUGAUUACGCUCGUGCUCUCGCGGCCCCACGUCCGUCUUUCCUACUUCUUCAACGGCCUCACCCUCACACAGGGGUUCCAUGCCCUAGCGUCUGGCAUCUUUGCGAUGAUCAUGACUGUGUGCCCGCUGUUGGCCCUCCCAAACGUCAUCGCCAUGGACGCAAGCGCAGACAAGGAUGACUUCAACGCUGCGGUUGCAUGGGGCCACGUGAUGGGGGCGGCCGAGUUCAUGAUGACCUGGACAUACAGCGCAUCCGCGUUUGUUGAUGGCAUGCAGCGGUUUGCGUGGCUGUCUGUGGCCUCCCGCCUGAGCGCAGUCGUCGUGCUCUGGGUUGCAUUCGCCCUUGGACACACCUCUCUUCAGCAGGCUGUUGGCGCAUCACCUGAUGGGAUCCUCGCCAUCCUCUCACUGCUCGUGUUGCGCAACCAACAGCCACCAACAUACUCCCCUCGCAAGUGACUU